UUUCGCUGCAUCUUUACAGACCAGAAAACCUCAAUUCAUCAUGGCUCCAACAGCUCAAGUUGCUAAGAAAGGCUCCAAGAAGGCAGUCAAGGCACCUCGGCCCAGCGGUGGCAAGAAGAGGAACAGGAAAAGGAAGGAGAGUUAUGGAAUCUACAUCUACAAAGUCCUCAAGCAGGUUCAUCCAGAUACCGGCAUCUCCAGUCGGGCCAUGGUCAUCAUGAACAGCUUCGUCAACGACAUCUUCGAGCGAAUUGCCGGCGAAUCUUCCCGCCUCGCUCAGUACAACAAAAAGUCAACCAUCAGCAGUCGCGAGAUUCAGACCGCCGUCCGCCUCAUUCUCCCCGGAGAGCUGGCAAAGCACGCUGUGAGCGAGGGUACCAAGGCAGUGACGAAAUACACUACCUCCAAGUAGACAGGUCAUAUCCUGCUCUAAUUGGACAUAAUACAACGGCCCUUUUCAGGGCCACACAAAUAAUCAAGAAAGAAUGAUAUCCGUAGUAAUGUAGCGUAGUUGUUUAUUAAAUAAAUAAUGUGUAUAACGAAUAUAAGAUAUAAUCAAGAUUACACAAUAGUAUGUAAUAAUAUUAGCCCUAUAUAAAUCUCACUCUAUAAAUCUAGACUAGAGCAUAAAGUGUAGUCAUGAUGGUCGGAAGGAAGACGAAAAUAGUUGAUUAAUUAAAUAAAAAAGAAAUACAA